GGUUCUUAAAUUUCAGAAUACGCCGGCCGCGACUAGGCGACCAAAUGCGCAUGUGUAAGGGUCACGGGUAGUUUCUGAUAUUGCGCAUGCGCGCAGCGGCCGACUCGGCACCGGGGCUGCGGAGGAAGAUUUAAUCGGCAUCCUAACCACGACUGAUGGACAAUUACUAAUUCACCGUCUGUGACCAGGCGAUCAAACGCGCAUGCGGAUGGGUGGCAGACAGCUUCAGAAAAUUGCGCAUGCUUUCUGUGGACAAAGAGCUCUGGAGAAUUGGCAGCAGGUGACAAAUGACAAAGAACAGGAAUCCUAAACACAACAACAUGUCGGUUUUACUGUCUCUGUCCAGAUAUUUAAGGAGUGACCAGAUAUUUCCUUUGUAACACAAAGUUGUUGAUCCUUGGAGAUGAAGAAGUAUCGCAUCCCAGCUCAAAACAUGUUUUGUGUCUGAAAUUAAAUAUUCUGUUGUAACUCAGUGAAAACCACUGGAACUGGGAUGCUGAGGCCGUUUGUUCACUGGAGAUCAGUUCUUCAACUGCAUCAAUUGUUUGAAGGAUUUCACGUUGUCUGACAUCUCAUACCCUCACAUGGGAAGGGAUUUUCUCAUUUAGCCAACCUGCAGGCAAACCAGUGAGUUCACAGUGGGGAGUGCCCAUUCAUCUGCACUCUGUAUGGGACAGGAUUUACUCAGUCAUCUAGCUUGAAAGCACGUCAGAAAAUUCACAGCAGUGAGAGUCCAUUCACUUGUUCUAUGUGUGGGAAGAGGGUUACUCACUCAGCCCACUCAGACACACCAAUGAGUCACUCAGUUUACACUGGGGAGAGACCAUUUACCUGCUCAGAAUGUGGGAAAGGGUUUGCUAAACCAUCUAAGCUAAAGGUACAUCAGCGAAUUCACACUGGGGAGAGACCGUUCAUCUGCUCAGACUGUGGGAAGAGGUUUACGCAGCCAUCUCAACUGAAGGUACAUCAGCGAAUUCACUCUGGGGAGAGGCCAUUCAUCUGCUCAGACUGUAAGAAAGGAUUCAGACAUUCAUCCAGUUUACAGAGACACCAGCAAGUUCACACUGGGGAGAGGCCAUUCACCUGUUCCGUUUGUGGGAAGGGAUUCAUUCGAUCAUCUGACCUACUGGCACACCAAUCAUUUCACACUGGGGAGUGGCCAUUCACCUGCUCAGACUGUGGGAAGGGAUUCACUUGGUCAUCACACCUGCUGGCACACCAGUCAAUUCACACUGGCGAAUGGCCGUUUACCUGCUCAGAUUGUGGGAAGAGAUUCAUUCAUUCAUCUCGUCUAAAGGAGCACCAGCGAGUUCACACUGGGGAGAGGCCAUUCACCUGCUUAGAGUGUGGGAAAAGGUUCAGUCACUCAUCCAGUCUGAAGAAACAUCGGCGAGUUCACACUACAGGUUGGCCAUUCAAUUGCUUAGACUGUCAGAAGGGGUUUACUCAAUCAUCUGACCUGCUGGCACACCAGUCAGUUCACAUUGCAGAGAGGCUGUUAACUUGUUCCGUUUGUAGGAAGGGAUUCAUUCGAUCAUCUGACGUAAUGGUACACCAGUCAGUUGACACUGGGGAGAUGCCAUUCACCUGCUCAGACUGUGGGAAGAGGUUCACUCAGUCACCCCGCCAUGUAAGGCACUAUGGAGUUCACACUGGUAAAAAAGUUUAAAUAAGAUGCAUGCUGGAUAUUUAACCUUCACAGUUGCUGAAUCCAAAGGCAAGUUCAAAAGUGACUGUUGGUGUUGAACUCUGCAAUUAUUGCUGCUGUUCAUCAAACCCAGUUCUGCACCCUGGUCACUGGGGAUGGGAGGAGUUUCUUCUGCUGAUGGUUCACCUUUAAUGGGACUGGAGUUUAAUAUUUUGGAUCUGUGACCAAUAAAUUUUAAACUCUGCAUUGGGAUGAAUGAGACUAGUAGUUAACCACAUUACUCUCUGCUCAUUUCAAUGUUAUGGGUCAUUUUCUCUGCUUCUAAAGGACUGUGCGUCACACUGCUGGGUUGUUAGAAUACACCACUUUCCUCCAAACUCUGAAAACAGAAUGGGGAACCAUGAGUUGGAUGUUCAGUGAAGCAGGGUUGGAAACCAGAGACGGGUCAGCAUAGAUAGAGUUUGUGGAUCUGGACAGUGGUAUGAGUGAGAGCAUGUGACAAUGUGCAAGGAAACCGAGCAAGGGGGAGUGACAAUGAAUGACAGAGUAUCAACAUUUGGAUUCUGAUUAUUUGUGUUCUGGCUUCUUCCUCCUUCCUUUCCAGUCCAGAUGAAGGGUCUUGACCCGAAGCUACAGCAAUUUAUUUCCCUUCAUAGAUGUUACCUGACCUGCUGAGGUCCAAUACUUUGUGUAUGUUGCUCUAAGUUUCCAGCAUCUGCGAAAUCUCAUGUUUAUGAUUCUCCAAGUAUUGUUUCAGUAGUGUCCUAAACAACUGCACCGUAAUCUCCAAACCUUUAUACUCAAUGCCUUGAUUUAUGCAGGUGAAUGCACCAAAAGCCUUCUUCACCACCCUGUCAAACGUUCACUCCAGCUUCAGUAAGCCAUGCAUGUGCUCUCCAAGGCUUCACUGUUCUGUAACUGCAUUACAGUUCUCUGAAUGUCCAACCUGAAUUUGACUUUGCAAAAAGCAACAUCCUAGACUUACCCUAAGUAAACUCCACUUGUCAUUUCUCAUCCCAUGUUCUCAGCAGAUCAAGAUUGCCGUGUAGUUUACUUUGUUCACUGCCCACUAUACUGCCUAUUUCAGUGUCUUUGCAAACUUACUAACCUUGCCUUGUA